AUGGCCGACUCUCACCCUCCUCAUCCACCUCCCCAGAACGGGUCACAAGAGCAUGCCGCUGCUUCGUCCUCUGCACCAGACGCCUCCAUCAAGCCUGAACCUGAUCUUGAAGCUUCUCUCGAUCGCGAAGUCGAUAUGACCUCUGACAACCAGCCCGCGUCGGAUACUGUCCCGGACGAAAAUGGUGGUGGUGCUGCUGCUGCUGGUCCCGAGGCUGUCGCUGAUGACCCCAUGGCGCCGGCGCCGGCGCCCUCGAAGAAGGAGACGAGCCUGCGCGAGUUCCUGGGCAAGAUGGAUGACUAUGCGCCGAUUAAAGAAGCUGACCACACUCUUACCACAGAUUCCCGACGCCGUCACAGCUCACUACCUCACACUGGCCGGUCUCCCCCCCCAGGCACAGGGCCCAACCAAACGCCGCCGCAUCUGGCGCGACUGCUAGCGCUCGCAACGCAAAAGUUCGUCUCCGACCUGGCCGCCGACUCAUACCAGUACGCGCGUAUCCGCGCCUCCAACAGCUCCUCUGCCAACAACCCCAUGGGCAGUCUGACGGCCGCCGCGGGGCUCAGCGCACCCGCCGGCGCCGGCGCUGCCCCCGGCGGCGUGGCCGGAGGCGAAGGCGGAAAGAGCAACAAGGGCAACACGCACCUUGGCAUCCAGAGACCGGGGUUUGGGGGUGGUGGCUCCGGUGGCUCUGGGCAGGGACGUACCGUGCUGACCAUGGAGGAUCUGGGGAUGGCGGUUAGCGAGUAUGGGGUCACUGUUAAGCGCGGGGAAUUUUAUCGGUGA